GAAUUGCGAUUAUGAGGACGUUGCGCUGCGGGAGGUUGGACGGUGUCUACCUUUUGGGGGAUUUGUUGACGGACGCAUUGGUUCGCGGCAAUGAAGUUUCGCCUUGUUGAUAAGCAGAGAUCAGUGCUGUGGCGUGAGCUGCGUGUGCCACUGCUGGAUCAAUAAAUACAGGGAACAAAGAGCCAUGUCUACACAUGGAGAAUGGGUUCGAUCGCUUCGGUGCUUCAGUGGCAUUGCUCGGAGUGCUCUCUGAUAAACCCAACCGAGACUCCCCAAUGUGCAAGGUGCGGCCUGUCUCGCGUCAAAAGCGAUGAGAGAGCUGCGUCGACUUAUCUCCUCCUUCGCGAUUCCCUGACCCAGUGCCCGAAUAACCCGAGGAUUGAGAAUAGGUCCUACUCUUCCUCGGGAUCCUCCAGCCCUCCUACACCACCGCCGAGGCAUCGGAUCACAGCGGACACUAGUCGACCCACUGUCGGUGCCUCGGCCUCUAUCGAGCCAAAGGAACCAAUAAAAUUACCUCCUGUACCACCACUCCAGCAAAAUCAGAAUGAAACCUUUCUCGUACUAAGUGAUAGCAGAAACGAUUCAGAAUCUAACAGCACCCCAAAAAAACGUCGAAGCUCUUGGUCAGGAUCAUCAAAAAAUGUGCAAGCCCUUGUAAAAGCACCAUCUCUUCCAUCGCUGGUGAUUCGGUGGACAUGCAUUCGCUGCUUGUUGGAUAACAGCUGCAGAGCAGCGCCAAUUUGUACAGCGUGCGGCGCAAGUUCCUCAAUAUCACAGACUGAGGCAACACAAGUAGGAGUGAGAAAGUGCAGAAGACUCAACACAAGAAAGGCUAAUGGACCCAAAUUAGGUGCUCGACUGGACCUUGUGACCAAAGUUACCACAGGAUCUGUUACUCGAGUCUUGGACACCAGCACUAACAAUGUGAAAAUCUCAAUAGGAGUUAAUAAUAAUAAACCUGAAGAAAUGGCCCAAUUAACGAGCAUCAGUCGUAGCGAGCGUACGCGCGGUGGAGGUGGCGGCAGCAACAACCGCGACGACUGGACGCUGCCGGCGGUCGAUGCCAUGCACUCCGGUACUUCGGCCAGUUACAUCGAUGGCAGUGUAGACAACCCUAGCCACUCGUCUCAACGAUCCCCUAAACGUCACAGCCCCUCCAUGUACGAGCGCGUCAAAUCGAAGGUGAGUCGCUCAUUGUCGAACGGCUCGGUGGUGCAGAAGCUGGCGACAGGUGGCAUUGAUCCAGUGACACGACCCACAAGCCUCAUCGUCGGCGACAUGAGCCAAGUGGUAGACGAGAGCCUGUGGAGCUGCGACAACUGCACUCUCGAUAACGAGCCAGGCCUGGAGCAGUGCGAAGCAUGCGAAGCGCCCAGGAGCCCAGCCCCCUGUAGCGGCGUCGUUAUCAGCGUACCCGCUUGGGAACCACGCGCGCUAUCCUCUGCUGGGCCGCUUUCUUAUCGAAGAUCUUUCUCGGACGUGGACUCCGUAUCGAGCGUGACCCAGCGUAAAUCAGCAAAUCGACGCAGUUUAAAUGAUGAUGAACCACCGGCGGUACCGCCGCAUUCGGCAGGUUUCAAUAGCGGCUCAAAGCCCAAGUACUCCUACAUCGGCAUCACGGAUCCGGAUGUGCCGCCACCUCUACCGAAAAAACAGGGUUCCAAGGUGGCUCACGCGUCAACCCAUCACCAGCAUCAACAUGCGCGCAGCGAAUCCACCAGUCCUGUGGCCGUGGCUGCAGUCGACCCCUCGCUUAGUCCGCUCAAACGCAUGUGGACCUGCAGGAAAUGUUCCUACGCAUACAAUCCGCUAUGGUCAUCGGGAUGCGACAUAUGCAGCUCGUCAAGAUCACCGCCCUCGCUCGCUCAACCUAGCUUGAUCACUCUAGCUAAUCCUGCGGGCAAAAAUGGAGCUAAUACGCGCAGUGUUCUCCAGUCGCCAAUAGCCAUCUCUCGUGAUAGUGUUCGCUACAUUCCGACAAAAGCCACCCUUGCGACAGCUGAGUCAGACCUCGAGGACCAUCUGGACGCACCCACAACAACUUCCUCUUGGACCUGCAAGAAGUGCACUUUACUAAAUCCAGUAUCGCGCAACACUUGUGAAGCCUGCGGAGGCUCAAAAUUACGCAGCGUCAGCUGUCAUCUCGAAGAUCCGACGCUGCGCAAAGGCGAGUCAUGGGUCUGCCCUUCUUGCACUCUGCGAAAUCCUCUCACAGCACAAGCUUGUUUAGCUUGCAAAAAUCUUGCGGAUUUCUUGGAAUUGCCCAGAGAUAGCCGUUUUACGUCGACACAUCACCACCAACAGGCUGCUCAAAGAAGUCCAAGUCCAAGGUUGGCCAAUGCUGUGGCUGCGGUAGCUAGUCCUAUGCAGAAGAUCGUAACACCUCGGCACAGAAAUUCUGUACGUAAGAAUGGACCUGCUGGGGGAGGAGCGGGGGCUGGAAGUUCUGGCGAUAAAAAACAUUCUAAAGGCAAAGAAUCGGCUAAUACACAGUGGCAGUGUAAAUUGUGUACGUAUGAGAACAAAAGUACGAGCGGCAACUGCGAGAUGUGCCAAAGUUCCAAAAGUCUGUCACAGAUGGCCGGUGAUAGACCAAAGCUUCAUCAUGAGCCCAGCAUGAACACACUCAGAAUACAACGUCAGGAGAGCGUCGUCAUGGAGAAUCUUCGGCAAAUUGAGGAGAGAGAGGCCCUCGAAAAGUGGGAGAGAAUAGUUCGAUAUUGUAAAGAAACAAACGAGCCUUUCGUGGAUGAUUCGUUCCCGCCCGCGCCAAAAUCUCUCUAUUACAAUCCUGCGGAGACGAAAGACAACCACGUCGUGCAGUGGAAGCGGCCUCACCAGAUUAACGUCGACUCAAGCGUGGAUUCAAAACUCCCCUGGGCUGUUUUUCGCACUCCCCUACCCAGCGACAUAUCGCAAGGCGUACUAGGUAACUGUUGGCUGCUUUCAGCUUUGGCGGUACUGGCCGAGAGUGACGAGCUUGUCAGGCGUGUACUUGUGAUGAGAGAGACCUGUCCUGAAGGUGCUUAUCAAGUCAGACUAUGCAAAGAUGGAAAGUGGACCACGGUGCUCGUCGACGAUUUGCUACCUUGCGAUAAAAGAGGACAUCUCGUUUAUUCUCAGGCUAAGAGAAAACAACUCUGGGUGCCAUUGAUUGAAAAAGCCGUGGCCAAGAUCCAUGGCUGCUACGAAGCGCUAGUGUCAGGACGAGCAAUUGAGGGUCUGGCUACCCUGACGGGCGCUCCCUGCGAAAGUGUGCCUUUGCAGCCGUCAGCACUGCCUAGCGAGGAUGAGCUCGAUAAAGAUCUAAUCUGGGCCCAGCUACUCUCGUCGAGGCAGGCCAUGUUCUUAAUGGGAGCUAGUUGCGGCGGCGGCAACAUGAAGGUUGAUGAGGAUGAGUAUCAGCGCAAGGGCCUGAGACCAAGACAUGCCUAUUCAGUAUUGGACGUGCGUGACGUUCAAGGAAUCAGGCUGUUACGACUGCGCAAUCCAUGGGGCCACUACAGUUGGAAAGGAGAUUGGUCGGACGACAGCCCAAUCUGGACAUUACAACUGCGCGAAAUGCUGAUGCCGCACGGCGCUUCGGAUGGUGUCUUCUGGAUAUCGUUCGACGAUGUGCUCAGAUAUUUCGAUUGUAUCGACAUCUGCAAAACUCGCGUGGGUUGGAGCGAAGUCAGACUCAGGGGUACACUGCCACCACUCUCGUCUUUAAGGCACUUGUCCUGCGUUCUACUUACGGUGCUUGAACCAACAGAAACGGAGUUCACGCUCUUUCAAGAGGGUCAACGGAAUUCGGAAAAGUCUCAACGUUCACAAUUAGAUCUCUGCGUCGUGGUAUUUCGCACGCGUUCUCCGGCAGCGCCAGAAGUAGGUCGUCUUGUUGAACACAGCAAACGACAGGUGCGCGGCUUCGUGGGUUGUCACAAGAUGCUCGAACGCGAUCUCUACAUCGUCGUCUGCCUGGCUUUUAAUCACUGGCAUACCGGUAUGGAGGAUACCUCAAGCUAUCCGGAAUACGUAUUAGCUAUACACAGCUCUAAGAGGCUGCUUGUAGAGCAAAUCUCACCUCCGGCCUUUGUGUUGGCGGAUGCCAUUAUCAGCCUUACCUUAGCCAAAGGCCAGCGGCACGAGGGUAGAGAAGGUAUGACUGCUUAUUACUUGACCAAAGGAUGGGCCGGCUUAGUUGUUAUGGUAGAAAAUCGUCACGUUAAUAAGUGGAUCCACGUGAAAUGUGACUGCCACGAAAGCUAUAACGUUGUAUCCACAAGAGGACAGCUCAGAACUGCCGACAGCGUUCCUCCACUUCAUCGUCAAGUCAUAAUAGUGUUAACACAGCUCGAGGGCAGCGGCGGCUUCUCGAUAGCACACCGACUCACUCAUCGAUUGGCCAACAGUGGAAACCUACACGAUUGGGGGCCACCAGACACACAGCAUUGUCCGCCCAUCGACACGCAAGUUGAGGGUUUGCAUAGUCCCCGCCUAAUAACUUGAGGACCCAACGUAAUUGAGCUGCUUGUUUUAAUCAUUCUUGUUCUUCUCUGCCUCUAAUGGUCUUGAAGUUCGAGAUAACGUGCUCCCGCACCGUAGGCCUUUUUAGGGUCAAACUGUGAGCAUGUCGCAAACGAAUCGAAGCUCGAGCAGAGAUACCAAAGUAUAGAGAAUUGUAUGAAAAAUCACGUGGUUAUAAGGUACACGAAAAGUCAUAUUACUGCUCACAGAUUUUCAAAAGCGUUUGCUAAUUCGAUUUUAGUAAGUUGAACUGGAAUCUCUAAUGGGUUACUUUAUUGUAAUCUGUAUUACAAACAGUUUUUGAAACUGAAAAAAAUUAUCUAAUUGAGGAUUUUCCGUGAAAUUUUUUAAGUGAAAUAAUGAUAUUUGCUUUGAGCUUUUAUAAAAAAUAAUGCACUAAAGAUUUUAGUAUGAACAUUAUUAAACACAAUAGCUGCUAAUUUGUGUUAGGUUGUUUUGUGGAUGUGAGAGUAUAAAAAGGUGUACCUUUCACGGAGAUAUUAAAAGUAAGUGGUUCGAAGAGUUUUUCGCGCAAAAUAGAAUCUUACUAGUAACAUAACCAACAAUGAACUUGCUAUAUAUACAAUAAAAAAGUUAUUUUCUCAACGUAAUAUAUAAGUGUCGUAAAAGGAUAAAAAUCAGGAUUAAAUGAGAAAUGGAGAAGUGUAUGUUCGUCUAUCUUCUAUGAUAAUAGGGUGAAUUAUAAUAAAUGAGACGUUAUGCGUGAGAAAAAGUGUGGAAGUGCAUAUUGUGAAGGGAGGAUAAAUAAAAAAAAAUAAAAAUCACUUUAGGGAGCAGUAGCGGCAAUGUGAUCAGUGCACCAUUAAGUUUUCGUCGGGGAAUUGCAUAGGAGAGUAGAAACUCAAAAUUAAUACAGUUAAAUAUCUAUUUAAAGUAGUUAAACGAAAAAGGCUUUAUCUUUGAAGAAAUUUUUUUAUCACAAUAAAUAUAAUAAAUAUUUCCACGUAAAAAAUGGAAAAGUAACAUUUACUAUAUGUAUAUAUAAAUGUACGUACUUGUUCUACUUCUUUAAAUUCAUAACGCGAUGUUGUGAAACAAAAAUUAAUUUCGAACAAGUGUACAUAUAGGAUUUUUAAAUAGAUACUCGGCCUCGAAAUCAAGUGACUGAACUGCAAACUUAUUUUUUAUAUUUUCAUUAAACACUGUUGUGUUUAUUAACGUUUUUAAAAUUACUUGUAUAGACAAAAAGCUUAUGCUAAAAGUGGAACUAGAUUAUCAUUGCCGAAUCAAAUUUUCUUUAAUAUUUUUAAAUAAUAAAAUGAUUGGUCUUAAAAAUGUUCACUGCCAAACGAUAUCGAGUUGAACAAUGUUGCAUUUUACAUUAAUAUAUCGAGGUCCUUAAUAGAGAUCUUUCAGUUUGAAAUAAAUUAUGUACAAAAUAUUCAAUAUGAAUACUUGGAUCUCAAGAGAAGACAACAUAUAUAAAAGAUGUUAAAAAGCAUACCUAGUCAUACAACAUACAUAAAAAAUUCCUGGAUCAGUUGUAAUAGUACUCGUAAACCGAAUCUCAUUUUAGAAAAAUUGAACUUGGUCCACUUGUAGCAUGAAUACAUUCAAAUGUUGAAAAUGAUUUCAUGAAGCACUUCACAAAAAUAUUAAUGAAAUAGCCCGAUAUACUUCCUGAAAUCAACCUUUUUGUGCCUGGCCAUGUGUAUGAUGCAAAGAAAAGCUUCAAAUAUGAAUGAAGUUUUUUGCCCUGUGUAUUCUUCUAAAUAAUCGAUGUAUGCAGCACAAAAACUUCGAACGUAAUCUUGCUAGGUAUUUUAUGAUGUACAUACGUAUGACCGAAGAAUAACAAUGAAUUUUCUAUAUCAAUUAUUGAUUUUUAGUCUUUUGAGAUUGUUAUGUGUGAUCGAUGAUAUUUUUGUUGUUUGUUUUAAAAGGGGAGUGUAAAAGUUAUUUUUUACUAGAUUAAAUAAUAUCAAAAAUAUUUCGUGCAUUCUUAAACAUAUUUUAAUUUCUCAAUUGAUUAUAGAAUAUUUCGUUGAUCAAAUAUAGUCUUUCACGAUAUAAUAAAAGUCAAUUAGAAAUGAGAAAAGUAUAUCAGGAAGUUUUAAGUAUAGAAAAGAUAAAUGAACAGUAUACGAUAUAUUUAAUCAGUAUAAAAUGAUUUUUCACUGCCAUGGAAAAAAUUUUUAACGAGUACUAAAGUCUUUUUGUAAUAAGACUUAUUUCAAGAUGUUUCAAUUUGAAAUUUUAAUUAGCGUUUAAUUAUAUAUUAAAUGUAUUUUAGCGAAAGGAAAACAUAUGCGUGCAAUGCAAAGGGCUAUAGGCAAUCAGUAUUGUAAGGAAAGAGAUACAUCGAGAAACCAAUUAGCAAAAUUAAUUUUUUUAUUUACAAUAUUGUUAAAUAUUGAUUGCAGUAACAUGACAAUACCCAUUUUUGUGAUGGUAAAUAUCUCACCGAAAGCAGCGUUAAUUUUAUUAUUAUUGUAAUAAUUUUUAUUUUUUAUAUAAUGAAAAGAUUAUAUUAUUUGCGACUGUAAAAUAAUGUGUGUGCUAUUAUAUUAUAAUGAAUUUCAAAACGUCGAAAAAAAGAUUCAAAUCAAUUAAUUUUAUGUACAUAAUAUAUCGUUAGAUUAUAAUUAAGUAUUUUAAUUUUAAUCCAAUAUUUUCAAUAUCUAAAACGCACAAAAAUUUGAAUCAAGAUUAUUAUUAUCAAAAUGUAGUUAAAAUUUUGAGUGUGAUCUCGAUAUACAUCAAUAAAUAUAAGUUAAAAUUUUAAAUUAUAUCCAUUAACUAAGUCUUCUUAUUAUCUCGAAUUUUUGAAAUUCAUUUCACACUUCCGAAACUCUGAAUUAAAAGAAAAGGAAUCUCUUUGUCUUAGCGUCGACUAUAGUAUAGAUAACUGCGAUUUUGCCUGCAAUUGGCCUAAUGUUUGCUUUAGUGUUUCCGUAGUUAAUAAUAAAUCUUCGAAUUCAGGAAAGAGAGGCAUGGCUAAGAAAGAAACACAAAAGAGACGUACAUUUUUACCGCUUAUAACCAAAUGAACAGAAAAAUAAAAUGAAAAUGAUAGCUUGCAAUA